AUGACUGGAAUAAUCUUUGCAAAAAGAAAAUGCGAUGAAGAUAAUGCAAUAGAAGAUUUAGUUAUUAAAGACUUUGCACAGUGGGAGGAUACCUAUUUUAAAGCUGAAAAUAAUUUUGAAAAAUCUGUAGCAGAAGACUUGCGAAAAACUUAUUCAGUAAAUCAUUAG